UUUGGAGCUGGAAAAUUAUGGCUGAUGAUAAGGAGAUGUCUGCUCCUGUUAUGGAUGUGAAUGGUGCAGUCACUGGUCAUAUAAUUUCCACUACCAUCGGAGGGAAGAAUGGCGAGCCAAAGCAGACAGUCAGUUACAUGGCUGAACGUGUCGUGGGGACUGGAUCAUUUGGAGUUGUUUUUCAGGCAAAAUGCCUGGAAAACGGGGAGACUGUGGCGAUAAAGAAGGUUUUACAAGAUCGUAGAUACAAGAAUCGUGAACUGCAGUUAAUGCGCACAAUGGAGCACUCGAAUGUUGUUUGUUUAAAGCAUUGCUUCUAUUCAACUACUAGUAAAAACGAGCUUUUUCUCAAUUUAGUCAUGGAAUAUGUUCCGGAAACCAUGUACCGCAUGUUGAAGCAUUACAGCAAUGCGAACCAAAGAAUGCCACUCAUCUAUGUUAAGCUUUAUACUUAUCAAGUAUUUAGGGGGCUGGCAUACAUGCACACAGUGGCUGGCGUUUGCCACAGAGAUUUGAAACCUCAGAAUAUUUUGGUAGACCCUGUUACUCACCAAGUUAAAAUUUGUGAUUUUGGAAGUGCAAAAGUGCUGGUUAAAGGUGAAGCAAACAUCUCAUACAUCUGUUCGAGGUUUUAUCGGGCUCCUGAACUCAUAUUUGGCGCAACAGAGUAUACUACCUCUAUUGAUAUCUGGUCGGCUGGCUGUGUCCUUGCCGAACUUCUCCUCGGCCAGCCAUUAUUUCCUGGAGAAAACGCUGUUGAUCAGCUUGUUGAGAUAAUCAAGGUACUUGGAACACCAACGAGGGAGGAAAUUCGCUGUAUGAAUCCAAAUUACACCGACUUUAGGUUUCCACAAAUCAAAGCACACCCUUGGCAUAAGGUAUAUUUUCACUUGAUUUCAGGGUGGAAGAAGCGGUUUUUAUAGGUUCUUAUAGUUAGUUGAGUCUAUGUUUUUAGUGGACUCCACAACAAUAUACCCAGUGUUACGCCACAUUGUGGGGUCUGGGGAGGCUAAGGCCUCA